GGAAAAUUGUUCUAGUGGACCCACAUCCGGUGCCAGGGGCCGGAAGUUGUGGCCCGGAGGAGUCAGCCGGGGGCUUGCGGGCUGGAAGUGCGGCGGCGACCCGCAACCAUGGGCGGGAAGAACAAGCAGCGGACUAAGGGGAACCUGAGGCCUUCAAACAGUGGCCGAGCUGCAGAACUACUUGCCAAAGAAAAGGGAACCGUGCCUGGAUUUAUUGGUUUUGGAACAUCUCAGAGUGACCUUGGCUAUGUCCCUGCUAUUCAAGGAGCUGAAGAAAUAGAUAGCCUUGUAGAUUCCGAUUUCCGAAUGGUGCUGCGGAAACUUUCUAAGAAAGAUGUCACAACAAAAUUAAAAGCUAUGCAGGAAUUUGGAACCAUGUGUACUGAGAGAGACACAGAAAUUGUCAAAGGAGUUCUUCCCUACUGGCCAAGAAUUUUCUGCAAAAUUUCACUUGAUCAUGACCGCCGUGUUCGAGAAGCCACACAGCAAGCUUUUGAAAAACUUAUCCUGAAAGUAAAGAAACAGUUGGCUCCGUAUUUAAAAAGUGUAAUGGGUUACUGGCUAAUGGCUCAGUGUGAUACUUAUACACCAGCUGCUUCUGCUGCAAAAGAUGCCUUUGAAGCCGCCUUCCCGCCAAGCAAGCAGCCUGAGGCCAUAGCAUUUUGUAAGGAUGAAAUUGCAAGUGUGCUGCAGGAUCAUCUUCUAAAAGAAACGCCAGACACACUCAGUGACCCACAAACUGUUCCAGAAGAAGAAAGAGAUGCUAAAUUCUAUCGAGUUGUAACUUGUUCCUUAUUGGCAUUAAAGAAGUUGCUUUGUCUCUUACCUGAUACUGAACUCGAGUCAUUGGAAGAGAAAUUUAAGAAUCUUUUAUCACAUAAUAAGUUUUGGAAGUAUGGAAAACACAGUAUACCUCAGAUCCGCUCAGCUUACUUUGAGUUAGUUUCUGCUUUGUGUCAGCGUAUCCCACAUCUGAUGAGGGCUGAAGCACCCAAAGUGAGCCCAUCAGUUCUGCUUAGCAUUGAUGACAGUGACCCCACUGUGUGCCCCGCUCUCUGGGAAGCUGUGCUGUAUACACUGACAACUAUUGAGGAUUGCUGGCUUCAUGUGAAUGCAAAAAAAAGUGUGUUUCCCAAGCUGUCAGCUGUAGUUCGUGAAGGUGGUCGGGGCCUGGCAACUAUCAUAUAUCCUUACCUUCUGCCUUUUAUCAGCAAGCUCCCUCAGUCCAUUACAGAUCCAAAGUUGGAUUUCUUCAAAAAUUUUCUCACCUCUCUAGUUACAGGGCUAUCAACAGAGAGAACCAAAACCAGCCUUUCCGAGAGCUCAGCAGUGAUCUCUGCUUUUUUUGAAUGCUUACGUUUUAUAAUGCAACAAAACCUAGGGGAGGAAGACAUUGAAGAGAUGCUCCUCAAUGAUCAGUUGAUUCCUUUUGUUGAUUCAGUUCUUGACGAUCCAAAAUUGCAAGAUGGAGAGCUAUUUAAUCAUCUGGCAGAAACUUUAAAUUCAUGGGAAACCAAAGCAGAUGUGGAAAAAGAUGGUAAAACAGCUCACAGCCUGGAGAAAGUGCUGCUGAAGUUCUGGGAAAGACUGUCAGACAUCUGUGUUGAGAAAAUCAGUGAGCCAGAUGCUGACGCGAACUCUGUUCUGGGUGUAUCUAACCUCCUGCAGGUCCUUCAGAAGCCAAAGAGCGCAUUGAAGUCCAGUAAAAAAAAAGUUGGCAAGGUUAGAUUUGCUGAUGAGUUGCCUGAAAAUAAGAAAGAGAAUGAAAAAUGGGCAUCCUCAGAAGGAGAGAACAGUGUAAGCUCUGAAUUUACUCAAAAUUGUUCAGAUCUAAUUUCUCCGCUCAGGAAAAAGCCUUUGGAAGAAUUAGUCUGUAAGCUGGCAGGGAUGAGUAUUAAUUAUGUCAAUGAACACAAGUCAGAGCAACAUCUAAGGUUCCUUUCCACUUUGCUGAACUCUUUCUCUUCCACCCAAGUAUUUAAAGUGCUGCUAGGUGAUGAAAAGCAGAAUGUUGUCAACACCAAGCCUCUUGAAAUAGCCAGCCUUGCACAGAGGAAUCCUGCGGUGCAGUUUUUAUAUCAGAAACUAAUUGGUUGGCUAAAUGAAGAUCCAAGGCAGGAUGCAGAUUUCCUGGUGGACAUUUUAUACAGUGCCCUCCGUUGCUGUGACAGUGAUAUGGAAAGAAAAGAUGUCUUGGAUGAUCUAACCGAGGUGGAACUGAAAUGGAAAUCUCUUUUUCAAGUUAUUGAAAAGGCAUGUUCUAGUUCAGAGAAACAUGCUUUAGUAACUCCUUGGCUAAAAGGAGAGCUCCUUGGAGAGAAGUUGGUAACCUUGACUCAUCAUCUUUGCAAUAAGAAUGUGGAAUCGGCUGUACCUUCUGCACCUUACUUUUCUGAAAGAUGGGCUCUUCUAAGCUUAGUAUUGUUCCAACGUAUCAAAAAUGAUUACUUGAUUGGAGAAGUAUAUGUUGAAAGAAUUAUUGUUAAGCUUCAUGAAACAUUAUCUCAAGCAAAGAAAUUGACAGAAGCUGAAAAUAAGGACUCACCAGUGUCUUUUAUCUGUGAUGUGAUCUAUAACUAUUUCAGUUCAGCAAAAGGGUGCUUGCUAAUGGCAUCAUCUGAAGAUUUAUUAUUAACUCUCUUUCAGUUAUGUGCUGAGAGUAAAGAACAAACACAUUUACCAGAUUUCCUUAUCUCUAAGCUGAAGAAUACUUGGAUCUCAGGUGUGAGUGUAUUGGUCCAUCAGUCUGGCAGUGCCUAUAAGCAAAGUACCUUCCUACGUUUGUCUGCUCUGUGGCUGAAGAACCAAGUUCAGUCUUUGUCUUUGGAUAUCAAGAGUCUUCAGGUUCUUUUGUCUGCUGUAGAGGAUCUGCUAAAUACUUUUCUAGAGAGUGAAGACACUUCUCUUCCCAGAAUGUAUAUUGCAAGUGUAAUGCCGAGCAGCAGUGAAUGGGAAAAGAUGAGACAGUCUCUUCCUAUGCAGUGCUUGUAUAGGCCUCUUAUAGAAGGAAGAUUGAGUUUGAAUUAUGAGUGUUUUAAAACAGAUUCUGCAGAACAAGAUGCAAAGAAACUUCCUACCCAUUUGUGUACUUCAGCAUUAUUGAGCAAAAUGAUACUGGUUGCGCUGAAAAAGGACCUAGUCCUAGAGAAUAAUGAACUUGAGGAAAUAAUUGCAGAGCUGCUCUACUCACUUCAGUGGUAUGAAGAAUUAGACAACCCACCAGAUUUUCUAACUGGAUUUUGUGAAAUGCUUCAAAAAAUGAACAUCACAUAUGAUAACUUAUGUCGACUUGGCAAUACUUCAGGUCUUUUACAGUUGCUAUUCAGCAGAUCCAUGGAAAAUGGAACCCUUUGGUCUCUUAUUAUAGCUAAAUUGAUCCUGACCCGGAGUAUUUCUUCUGAUGAAGUAAAACAGUAUUAUAGGAGAAAAGAAAGUUUUUUUCCACUGACAGAAGGUAAUAUGCAUACUAUCCAAAGUCUUUGUCCAUUUUUAUCAAAAGAAGAUAGGAAAGAAUUCAUUGCUCAAUGUAUACCUGCCCUUCUGGUCUGGACUAAGGAAGAUCUUUGGAGUACUAAUGGAGGUUUUGGUCAUCUUGCCAUUUUCAAUUCAUGUCUGAAGACCAGAAGUAUAGAUGAUGGAGAGCUCUUACAUGGCAUAUUAAAAAUUUUGAUAUGCUGGAAGAAAGAUCAUGAAGAUAUUUUCCUUUUCAGUUGUAAUUUGUCAGAGGUGAGCCCAGAGAUACUGGGUGUAAAUAUAGAAAUUAUGCGCUUCCUUUCCCUCUUUCUGAAAUACUGCUCAUCUCCUUUGGCAGAGAGCGAAUGGGACUUCAUCAUGUGCUCCAUGCUGGCGUGGCUGGAGACGACAAAUGAAAACCAAGAAUUGUAUUCAGUUCCACUUGUACAACUGUUUGCCUGUGUCAGCUGUGACUUGGCCUGCGAGCUCAGUGCAUUUUUUGAUUCCACAACUGCAGACACCAUUGGCAGUCUUCCUGCAAAUCUAAUCAGUGAAUGGAAAGAAUUUUUUUCCCAAGGCAUCCACAGUUUGCUUUUACCUCUUUUGGUGACUGUUACAGAAAGCAAAGAUACAUCUGAAACUUCCGUUCAGAACGCAAUGCUGAAGCCCAUGUGUGAAACGUUAACAUAUAUCCCAAAGGAUCAGCUGUUGAACCACAAACUCCCGGCAAAACUGACUGCUAACCAAAAAACAAACUUGCCUGAAUACCUUCAGACUCUGUUAAAUAUAUUGACCCCAUUGCUUCUCUUCAGAGCUCGGCCUGUGCAAAUAGCUGCUUAUCAUAUGCUGUACAAAUUAAUGCCUGAGCUACCACAGUAUGAUCAGGACAAUUUGAAGUCCUAUGGAGAUGAAGAAGAAGAACCAGCCCUGUCUCCACCCACGGUGCUGAUGUCUCUUCUUAGCACUCAAGAGGACUUACUAGAAAAUGUUUUGGGGUGCAUUCCUGUUGGACAGAUAGUUACUAUUAAGCCACUGAGUGAAGAAUUCUGUUAUGUGCUGGGAUACCUACUCACUUGGAAAUUAAUCCUGACUUUUUUCAAAGCUGCUUCAUCUCAGCUGCGGGCUCUGUAUUCAAUGCACCUUCGAAAAACAAAGAGUUUGAAUAAAUUGCUUUAUCACCUCUUCAGGCUUAUGCCAGAAAAUCCAACGUAUGCAGACACAACUACUGAGCUCUCAAACAAGGAGCCUAAAACAUUCUUUACGGAAGAGCUCCACUUGAGGAUUAGAGAAACAGCAACUCUUCCACACCAUAUUCCGCACUUGGCAUGCUCAGUCUAUCACAUGACAUUAAAAGACUUGCCUGCCAUGGUUAGGCUAUGGUGGAACAGUAGCGAGAAGCGUGUGUUCAAUAUUGUAGAUCGAUUUACAAGCAAGUAUGUCAGCAAUGUCCUUUCUUUUCAAGAAAUAUCUUCUGUACAAACAAGCACGCAGCUGUUUAAUGGCAUGACGGUUAGUAUUGUCUUGAUUUUUUUUUCCCCCUAGUAAAAAUUUGCUUGAAUACUGGUUUAUGUCCUUUGUAGGUGGUUUCAUCACAGUUGUAGCUUUUGUUGGUCCAGCAUUGACCAGGAAUUCUCUUACUUUAUUUGAACUCUUAUGUAUCAAGUCUUAAUGCAUAGGUUUAAACAAAAAUACUAAUUAAUUUAUUUGUUCAGUUUUUGAACAUCCACUAGCUUACUUAUUUACUGUGAGAGUCACAUGGGAAAUGAACAAUAGGGCUGGAUUCCUCUUCUCUAAUAACAUACAGUCUAACAAAGGGAAGAGAGUGGUACUGGUGGUUAUCUUUGUAGUGGAAACUGGAAAGUGGCAGAUUAUGAAGAGUGCUGUGUAGUUCACUGGCCAUAGAGGUGUUCACACAGGAAAGGUUCACCUGACUGAGGAGUUAGGUGAGAGGUUAUAGAAGAUUACUUUGGCAGACAGGAUUUAAAAAAAAAAAAAAUUAUUUAUAAAUGGAAACACUGACAAAACCAUAGGAUAAGAGGGGUACAAUUCUACACAGUUCCCACCACCAGAACUCCAUAUCCCAUCACUUCCCCUGAUAACUUUCCUAUUCUCUAACCCCCUGGUGUAUGGACCCAGGGUCAUUAUGGGGUGCAGAAGGUAGAAGGUCUGACUUCUGUAAUUGCUUCCCCGCUGAACAUGGGUGUUGGCAGGUCUCUGAUCCAUAUUCCCAGCCUUAUUUAUUUAUUUAUUUUUAAAUUUCUUUUUAAAAAUAUUUAUUCCCUUUUGCUGCCCUUUUUA